UCAUAUGUUAAACGCUGAACAGUCUGAUUUUGUUUUCUUUCUUUGUUACAGAAAUGUAACUCUUGAUUUACAGGUUGAAUCACAGUUCGUUUAUCGGAAAGUUUAUUUAAGAAAGUUGUUUUCUCACGGAUCACCUGUGGUUUUGGUCACUAUGUAUUUUUCAACUAAUUGUUGACUUCCUGUCUUAAUUUUUUGCUGAGUUUUUGUGGUAACGCUUCCUUUAAAAGUGAAGUCAACCAUCUCACUGUAUUAAAGUUGAACAAUCACAGAAUGAGGACCACACCGCUUUUAUUCUUCUAUCUUCUGCUGUGCUGUCAAUCUACAGAGAGUUUAACUAAUAAACGAGUUAUUUUAGGUAGAAAUGUGACGUUAGACUGUGAUAUUGAUGUUAGAGGCAUUUAUUGGCUUUUCCAGAAACCGUCAGAAUCUCUCGUGGUGAUAUUUCGUACUUUCACAUCAGACUCUACAUCAACUAUGUUUAUUGAUCAAAGACUCAGAAACAAAUAUUCAACACAAACUAACAGUCGUUUGUUUAUUAGUAAUAUAACAAAAGAUGAAUUAGGAAUAUAUUAUUGUGCAAAACUAUACUCAGCUCCAACGUUCAGCAAUGGAACAAAUCUUUACAUUGCUGCUGAGACAGAAGAUAAUGAUCAACUACAACACAACAACACAACCACAACACAACAUCCAGCUCUGAUACUUGCAUCUAUCUCACUGUAUGUCCUGCUCCUCAUCAUAAUAAUAGGUCUGUUGAUGGCAAGAUGUCGUAAACCCAGAAAAAGUGCAAAACCACAGCCGACUGCUAAGGUCGCGCUUAAGCAGAUUAAUGACCUGAAUACAGCUGAGUUUACAGAAGUGGAGUUUCGUCUGUGUGAAUAACAUUGCAGUGAGGCCGGCAGCAUUUUUACAUCACAAACUAACACAAUAUAAAUCUGUCUGUCUGUAUAGCCUAACAAUACAAAUACUUACUAGUCCUGUAAAUGUUUAACAUCAUGUUUUUCAUAACAUUAUGUUUAUUAAUAAAGUACAGUUAUGAAUAAUAAUAAUAAACACAGUUUUAUUGAAGUGGCUUUAUGCUAGGCUAUCUAAGACACAUGUUUGAACUGAAAAUAACUUACACUGACAUAUUUUGAAAUUAUGUCAGUGCCAUUGAUUUGUCUCAAAGUACAGUAAUGUAUUUUAUCUAAGGCAUGUUUAUAAAAGAUGCUUAAACAUUUUAAUUUAACUAAGGCCUAGUCCUGCCUUGUCUGUGAAACCAGGCCAUGAUGUUAUGAUUUCCUAUUUAACCUCAUGUAAAACUAAAGUGUGCAGUAUAUGACCUUUAAACUUUUAUUUUGUAAUUAUACUGUUAUUUGAUCUUUGCUUACUU